GCCAUCUUAAUUGCAACACUUACCUACCCUAUUAACACAACCAACCCUUCUAAUCAUACUGAACGCUACCGAUGGCUUCCAAACGCGCUCUUUUCGCUUUACCCUUACGCUCCGCAUCCUCCAUCCGCGCUCGCCCGCAGUUCCUCCUCCCAACCAGAACCAGCGCUGCACUUCCACCGACCUUCAACCCAGCGCUCAAGCCAUUGAGCCAGGCGCGGUGGCACUCCUCCCCAGUCGAGAAGAGCAAACCCUACGCCUUCGAAGACGUGAAAAAACUAAUAGAGAAGGAUGACGAGGACGUCGUGCUCAUAGAUGUUCGCGAACCCCCCGAAUUCGCCGCCGGCGCCAUCCCCACCGCGCUGAACCUCCCCAUCUCUUCGCAGCCCGACGCGCUGUUCCUGCCGCCCGAUGAGUUUGAGGACAGAUUUGGGUUCCAGAAGCCGGAUAUCGGGAAGGAGGUUGUGUUUUAUUGCAAGGCCGGGGUGAGGAGUGCGGCGGCGGCGCAGUUGGCGAGGCAGGGAGGGUGGGAGAGGGUUGGGGAGUAUCGGGGGAGUUGGCUGGAUUGGGAGAGGAGGGGUGGGAAGAUAGAAAAGUAG